GUACUCCGGCACGUAUCCUCAACACAAUAUACAACCAACACCAUCAGAAAACUCCCGACCAGUCAUCCCCACCAAAAACCUACCCAAUGCCACCCUGCACCCUCGAGCCCAUCAAUCUAGCCGAUCCCACGCAACACACAGAACUCCAACGCCAACGCACCCUCUGCGGCUGGGACCACCAGCCCACCACCCUGGCGCAAUGGCACGCCAGACAAACCGAAGGCCUGAAGAACUUCUUCUGGAUUGUCAUCCCCAGCCCCAAUCCCAACCCUGACGUUCAAACGAACACCAUCCGCGCCGGCCACAUCUCCCUAGACGCCUACAGCAACCCCCCGGACCCGGACCUCGCGCGAUCCGACAGAUCCAUCCUCGCCCUGCAGACCUUCUUCGUCCUCCCAGAGUACCGGUCCGCCGGGGUAGGCCGCCACGCCGUGAAGCUCAUCGAGGAGCAGGCCGCCCGCGAGCCAGCCUGCCAGUUGAUCGCGCUGACGGCGCUGAGCAAGAAGUACCGGUACCAAGAGGGGCGCGAGUGGCGCGGGAUCUGGGAGCGGAUGGGCCAGCCCGUGCCCCCGUUCAGUAUCCAGGAGUGGUAUGAGAAGGCCGGGUAUGUCGGGUGGAAGGAGGAGCCGCGGUACGAGGAGCGGAGCUUGGACGGGGAGGUGAUUUGGCUGUGGGAGGUGUUUAUGCGGAAGGAGGUGAGGCGGGGUGCUCCGUUGAGUGGAAAGGUGUAAGACGGACAUUGAGGCUGUGUGUUUUUCUGGAAGGUGGUUUGACGUGGUGGAGAUGCCUUUGGGCGUGAGGGACAUUUCAACACCACGGAUGUUUUAUGCGCCAAGGGCUUGGGGAUUCGUAUCCACGUACGCUCUUCGGCGUCGGAAACCCAAAUCUUAUGCUUGCUAGGCAGACAUGAUGUUCAACUCUAAAUUCUGUUAGGAGAAAAAUGGUUUGGUACAUGGUCGAAGGAAACGUGGUGCUUCGAAGAAACUAUUGUGUAUGCCUGUAUACAAUAAAGGGUUCAUACAAUAAAGAC